AUGUUAGGCGGACACCAAUUUAUUGAUACCAGUGCCUUGUUCAUGAUUAGAGAAUAUGGUGGUUUUGAUUUGGCAUUGUUGGGUAUUGGACGAACAGGUCACAUUGGCUUUAAUGAACCUGGAAGUCAUCUUUCCGAUCAAACCCGAUUAGUUUUAUUGGAUCAAAAGACCAGAUUAGAUGCAGCUCAAUCAUUCAAAGGAAUCUCAAAUGUUCCAACAAAAGCCAUCACACAAGGUAUCAACACUAUUCUCAAUUCGAAAGAAAUUAUUCUCAUGGCUACUGGUGAAUCAAAGGCUGCCAUUGUCAAGAAGGCAAUGGAAUUCAAAUAUGAAGACCCAUCCGACUGUCCAGCCACAUUCCUUCGAGUUCAUCCAAAUUGUCAUUACUAUUUUGAUAUUGCUGCUGGUAAUUUGUUGAAGAUUGUUAAAACUCCAUGGCUUAUUGAUAGAAAUUUCAAAGAUUGGACAUUUGAAUGGAAAAAGAAGGCAGUCAUUGAUUUGGCAAAGAAAACAGGAAAGGGAAUUUGUGAGCUGGGAUCUGAAGACUUUGCGCAAAAUGGUUUAACAAGUUUGUUGGCUCAUGAACAAUUCCAUACUGACAAGUUGUGUUUCAGUGUUUUUCAAGAUUUGAUGAAGAGAAUUGCAUUUGCUUCUGAGGAGUCUAAAAUUGUUCCAGACAACAUUAAUGAGCCAGUUUUGAUUUUCUCUCCUCACCCUGAUGAUGAUGUGAUUAGUAUGGGAGCCAUGAUGCAUUGUAUCAUUUCCAAGAGAAAAGAAAAAUUGAGUCCUGAAGAGCGUGACACUAAAGACAUUAAUGUGAAAGUUUGUUACAUGACCAAUGGAUCUGUGAGUGUUCAUGAAAACAAUGUCAAGAACCAUUUAAGAUUUAGUGCUCUCACUGGUGAAGUUUUGGGUAAGGAAGUCAUUCACAAGGAAGACGUUUCUAAAAUUUUGGAAAAGCAAGACAAGAACGAUCCAGAUAGUGAAUUACUUCAAAAGUUGAAGGCAAAUAUUAGAAAAGCCGAGGCCAUGGAUGCUGUUGAUGUUCUUGGAUUACAAGGAGAAAGAGAUUGCAUUUUCCUUGAUUUACCAUUCUAUAGAACUGGUAAACAUGUCUUUAUUGCUGCUGAUCUUUCAGAUCCAAAUGGUACUCACCGUGUUGUGUACAGAGCGAUCAAGUUUGCUUUAGAACAAAUGGGAGACCAAGUCCAAGAUGUUACUUGUUGGUUGUACAGAGGAGCAUGGCAAGAAUGGGAUGUUGACGAAGCUACCUAUUUUAUUCCAUUCACUAAAUAUCAAAUGGAUUUGAAGAUUGAUGCCAUUUUCAAACAUCAGUCUCAAAAGAUAGAGCGUUAUUCCCUGGUGAUGAUGCUCGAGAGUUUUGGCAGAGAGCUAAAGACAGAAAUACUGAAACAGCUCGAGAAUUAG